UCGCUAGAGCGAGUGAUGGAAAUGAAAAGUUACCAGAAAAUCAAUCACUUCCCAGGGAUGAGUGAAAUCUGUCGCAAGGACUUGCUGGCCCGGAAUAUGAGCCGCAUGUUAAAGAUGUUCCCCAAAGAUUUCCACUUUUUCCCUAGGACCUGGUGUCUUCCUGCUGACUGGGGAGAUUUACAGAACUACAGCAGGUCAAGAAAAAAUAAGACGUACAUUUGUAAGCCGGAUUCGGGCUGCCAAGGGAGAGGUAUAUUCAUCACCCGGACAGUGAAAGAAAUCAAACCAGAGGAGGAUAUGAUCUGUCAGCUCUAUAUUUCAAAGCCCUUUAUCAUUGACGGGUUCAAGUUUGACCUACGGAUUUAUGUGCUGAUGACAUCCUGUGACCCUCUCAGGAUUUUUGCGUACAAUGAAGGACUGGCCCGCUUUGCCACAACCUCUUACUCCCACCCUUGCACAGACAACCUGGAGGAUAUCUGCAUGCACCUGACUAAUUAUUCCAUCAAUAAGCACAGCUCCAAUUUCGUUCGAGAUGCUCACUCUGGCAGCAAGAGGAAGCUCUCCACCUUCAACAUGUACAUGGAGAGCCACGGCUACAACGUGGAGGGGAUGUGGAGAGAUAUUGAGGACGUCAUCAUCAAGACCAUCAUCUCGGCCCACCCCACCAUCAAGCAUAACUACCAAACCUGCUUCCCCAACCACACACUCAACAGUGCCUGCUUUGAAAUCCUGGGCUUCGACAUUUUGUUGGACUGCAAACUCAAGCCCUGGCUGCUGGAGGUCAACCACUCCCCGAGCUUCUCCACUGACUCCCGGUUGGAUAAAGAGGUGAAGGACAGUCUGCUGUAUGACACCUUGGUUCUGAUCAACUUGGGAAGCUGUGACAAAAAGAAAGUGUUGGAGAGGGAAAGACAACGGGGGCGAUUCCUGCAGCAAUGUCGUUCUCGGGAGACCAGGAUCGAGGAAGUCAAGGGUUUUCAGGCCAUGCGUCUAAAGAAAACUGAGAAAUAUGAGAAGCAAAACUGUGGAGGGUUCCGCCUCAUUUAUCCCAGUCCGAAUUCGGAGAAGUAUGAGAAGUUUUUCCAGGACAACAGCUCCCUCUUCCAGAACACUGUUGCCUCUAGGGCUCGGGAGGUGUGUGCCCGGCAACUGAUCCAGGAGCUGAGACUAAAACAGGAGAAAAAAUCCUUCCAAACGAAAGAGAAGAAGGUAGAGAUGCAGGGGGAAACAUCAGGCGAGCCAGCGAGAGGCAAGAGAGGGAGGAGCUGGCGACAGAAACAACAGCAGAAAUGCAAGGCUGCCACCACCUACGCCUCCAAACAAUAUCUCCAGCCAUUGACGUUAGUGUCCUUCAUGCCUGACUUGCUCUUGAGUGUCAGGGAUGCAAAGAAAAAUGAGACAGACAGCAGCCUUGACCAGGAGGCUCCCAAGAAGGAGGCUGGCCCUACUCCCCCCAAGCCUACGUCUGCGAGGCAUCACAUCUUUGUACCCGUCCUGAGGGAUUCAAGCCUUGUCAGCUGCCCCAGGCGGGAGCUCAGUAAACCCAUCUCCGGAAUCAAGGAAGCCAAGUUUGCUUCUACAAUGAACAUAUUCCCUGGCACCGUGCCUCUCACCUCAGUAGAAACCUCCCCUGAAUCCACUACCCAGGUCUCAGACUCUCCUGAGUCUCUGCCAAGCGUGACCAUGACCACAAGCUCUGAAUGCAGUAGCCCAGAGAUGGACAGGGUGGUCUCCUUUAAAUGCAAGCAGCAUCAGAUCCCCCAGCACCUCAUCCAGGAGAAAAUAUCAAACAUUUCUCUGCCUACAAAAUCUCAGAGUUUGUUGGAGAGUCUGAACCCAAGGUGGACUUUGCUAAAGAAUGACACGAAGAAGCAGCAUCUGAUGUCAGAGCUAUUCACCAAGAUUCAACUGAGGGAGAAGCUCUCCUUGUUCCCAGCUCGCUACAACCCAAAGCUGGUGCUGAGUAACCAGUCAAAAAACCCCUCCCUGACCCAGGAAGCCUACUUCCAUGGCCAAACCUCUGACAACAAGAGGCAGCCGGAUGUGCCCUCCCUCCUCCUCUUGCAGAGUUCUCACAGCCAGGAUGUUUCUCUGCAUGAUCUGCUGGUGGUGGCCACUCCAGCCCGCCUGGAUCCAAGGCCUGGCAGAAGCCAUCCAGGUGCUAUGAGGGACCCGUGUAUACAGGAUAAGCAAGCAUACAGUCACUGCCUGAUCUCUGGCCAAAAAGGAUGUGAGAAGACCUAG